CCCCCCCCCCCCCCCCCCGGUGGAACUUUAAUUCCUUCUAGCUCCUACCCUACCCAUCUCCUCCGACCCCUGGGCCCGGACCAUCAAUAGUGUCCUUUCAGGCUGUGUUCAGCUCUCAUCUAUGUGUUAGCUUGCAUUGUCAUACCUACCACUCUAUUCCUCCUGCGCCAAGAGCAGCUGGCAUAAGGAUCCCAUUUCCCGCCAUACAAAACUCAUCACGAACCUCGCGUCCAUCCCCCCCCCGCGUCUAGAACAUUGGCAAAAAAAACGUUGCUUGUUGACUGCCAAGAGCCAAGGACCCCUCCAUCAUUCGGGAGAGCUCACUUAUAUUUCUCCAACACCCUCCCGUGGACGAUUCCUUUGUCAGCCUCUGCCCCUUCCAAGUUCUUAUUAGAGCUUUGAACAACAACUAGUCACGCAGAGUUUCUUGUAUUGAGCACCGCAUAUCAUCAUGAGGACCUCGAUCGCGCUUUGCGUACUCUCCAUGAGCUCAUGGACAUUAGCUGCACCAAUAGUCUUAAUGGUCAAGCAUGCAACACCGAAAUACUCAGGAGCCCAGAUCACAUCGUCAGAUAUCUGGACUAUUCGACAAUCCAACUUCAAAGUCCCGGGGGAUGCCAGUGCUCAAGACGUUUUAGAGGGACGGCCCGACAACAAACCGUACACCCCGUCCGGCGAUGUCACACCAUCAGAAGCUCUGGCUGCACCUCGCCCACUGAAGACAAGCUAUCUGCUGUCCCUGAAGCCAGUCGUCCCGCCAGCGGACGCAUCGGUGAAGAACCCAAGGGAGGAUCAGGAAUCAGUCUCGCAAUCGCAGUCACAGCCUGAGUUCCAGCAAUCUACCACGGUCAAGGAGGAAACAGGCACUGUUACGAAGCACUUGCCCUCGACUGUGGAACUCGAAACGCAGGGUAACGCGCCAUAUCAACACAAGACACCAUGCCACGGCUAUCUGGUUCGGCAGUACGUCGACAUGCCUGUUGUCAGCGUCGUCUUCCUCCUUAUCACCAUUAUUGCCCUAAUCGAGUUAUGGGAUUCAAUCUGCGCAUUCACUAGCAGACUCUGGUAUGGGGAAGGAAGGAUUCGCUUAGAGGAUGAGGUAGAUGAGAAGGACCAUCUUAGAAUACGCCAUUCCGAUUUCACCCUGCAGCCGGCCCCCAAGACAAGGUCAAGGUCAAGCACGACUUCUUCUGGGGAAUCGGACAACGCCUUAUGACGACAGUGAUCGUCACUUUCUUUUGUAUAUCUAAGCAUGAUACCGUUGAGCGCGGCGUUUGGGGGGCAUGAUUUAUCAUUACGAGCAUUGCACGGAUUAUGGAGACAUCUAGUGCCAAGUGACUAUGGAGAAUUCGCAUUCACAGGUAUGGAACGGGUCACGGCGCGGACGGGACGCGGACGAGGAAGAAUCAUGUGUUAAUUAGGACUAAACAUACCGUCCACAGCUUGUCCUACAAGACUUGGAGGGGACUUGGAAAAGAGUUAAAUGAACCUCCACGCAUCAAGGUGGCUGGAUCAACCCGCGUAUGUUAGCGCUGUGAAUAUUUAAUGCUGUUGAACCGAAUAAGCGCACUUGUUUUGACUUUCUUGCCGGUAUACCGACCUCGAUAAACCUUGAUCAAGUGCCGAUGUCAGGCUUGGC